GCUGCAGUCGGUUAUGAAAUCUGGAAGUGUUCGCACGCUUUAACGGCAUUGAAAAACGCCAAGAUAGUGAAAAGUUUCGCGUCGCGAUGCCUAACAAAAUACAUAAAAUAAAGCAAAUAGCUUAACUAUUUGGUUGACCGAAGGGUGGUGCCGUUAUAAAAGAUGUGAGACUGUGCAGGAAAUUCAUCAUAAGGUUAUAAGUGAAAGUAAUUCAAAGUUAAAUAAUUCAGUCGAUAAACAAAAUCAUCACAGGCAAUUUGUGUGAUUCGUGCAAAGAUUUCAGACGCAGCGAUGCUUCGUGUUUUUUUACGUAAAUGUUUGGGUGCUUUACCGCGUUCGAUGAAUGCUGCCUUAGCGCUGAAGACCAAGUGUUUUUCGUGAGUGCAGUGCAAACUAAGCUGUGACAGUAGCGGCGAAGACAAAAUCUUUCUUUAACUUGAAAAUUCAAAAAUUCCAACUUAGAAGUAUUACGGAGAAUACACUAAGUAGUAGUAAAAGUACCAGUAUAUACAUGCAUGUACAUGUACAUAUAUAAACUGUCGAAAUAAUAAAAAAGUUUAAUUGUAUGAAUCGAGUCAAGGUUAAACACACACCGCUAUAAAGGCUCAGCUCCACAUUCCAGUUUUUGCACAUGCUUGUCGGGUCACCAUCAGGCAGUAUGGCGGAACUGGUCAAGUGAUGAAUGUAUAAAACUCAUUACCGUAGAACCAAUGACCAAGCCCAAUCAUGCAUAUCGGAGUGCAGAAUCUAAUUAAUAUUGUCGGUCAGUGCAUCACAUAUGCAAACAACAAUAACAAGAACAAAAAGAACGUCAAGCACGAGCGCGCCGCUAAGAGUAUAUCGAGUGUACUUUAAAUACACCACUCCGACACUGUGUUGCCUGCCGAGCCAACGGAACUUGGUACACGGAUAACACCUAAGGCUGAUGCAGGAUGCAAUGAUCAAUACGGUACGGCUACUACUUCUGUUAAGUGCCGCACAAAUUAGCCCGUUAAAGGGACUGGCGGUAUAAAUGAACUUCGGAAUGGGCUUUCGGUCGCGUAUUUUACGCGAGAAGUGAAUUGUUUAUAGAAAAAUCGCAUUCAAUUGAUUAGCAGCAUUCAAUGAAAUCUUAUAAGACAUUUUCUUCGCGACGUAAGCGGUGGCGUAAUUUAUAUUUGAAAUUUGUCUAACGGUUCAAAGAAGAACGGUCAGUUUAACCUCAUUGGGAAUCAGCCGGCUGAUUUACUGAGCGUGCACACUUAAAUAACAGCAAAAACAAUUAGGUAACAGCAAGUGUGUCGUUGGCGGAAAAAUGGUAUCGUUGGCGGAAAUUAACACCACAGGGGCAAUGACGCCCCUGACGCCGAAACUAGUCUUCCGGCUGUACGGUGUCAUUGUCGGCGGUGAUGACGAUGACAUCGUUAUAAAUGGCAGUGGUGAUGGUCAAAACGACGAAGGAGAAAGGGUUAUUAAGGACCCUUGGAACUCAAACUCUAUUAACAUCCAAGCGACGAAUGUGACCUCAAUGAACUCGCCUUCGAUGACCCACCACAACACCACAUUCACCGAUAAUGCCAACAAUAUGUCCUAUACAUGGCCAUCUGCAACGGAUGAAUCGUACAGUGACUUGGAUUUCCAGUUAUCUUCUGUAUUUGUUGGUUAUAAUUCAACGCUGCCUACAGAUAGGAAAGCAGUGGACGGAAAUGGAAUUGGAAAUGAAGGUGGGUGGUUAGUUGAUGGUAGCUAUGAUACCACUGAGGGUGCACUUGAUAAUUGCACUACACCAACAAACGGUUUGUUAGAUAUUGCCUUUACGACAACGGAAAAGAGUCUCGUUCCUGUUGGUGAGAGCGGGGAUGAUAUCAACUUUGCUUUGAUCGAUAGUGCGGAAACCGCUAUGGGCGGCGACAAUGAUUACGAAACAGUAGAGGGUUUUAAUGGUGGCGGUAACGUUGAUGAAGUUGGUCGCCUGUCGGGCGAGGGUACUGAUUUUAUUCGACAUUCGAGCGCAUUAGAUAGUUUCGGCUCGAGAAGAAACGAAUCAUAUUAUCCGAGUUUCGAUGGCGGCGGGACGAGCGUGUCGACCGUGGGAAAGGGUGUAACUGGUGGCGCGGCGGAUAAGAGUGGUAGUUCAUUUAUGCUGUUGCUUGAAGACUUUGGUGAUUAUUUUUUUAAUUUUAAUGGAACUGGCAGCGGGGGCGGUGAUGGUGUCGCGAUUUCGGAUACACAGUCUACAAUAAGCUCUUUAAAUGUGACCGACUUAAUUACACGAACUAAUUGCUCAAACAUAACGGAUUUGUGUGUUGUGCCAAAUGAUGACGUUCCUCCGAAUUAUUGGGCGCUUACCUUGAUGGUGUUUCCUUUGCUGACACUGUUCGGCAAUAUCUUAGUGAUCCUUUCAGUGUGUCGCGAACGAUCCUUACAAACGGUUACGAAUUAUUUUAUCGUGUCUUUGGCAAUAGCCGAUCUACUAGUUGCUGUCGUGGUGAUGCCGUUUGCGGUUUAUGUUUUGGUAAAUAGAGGACAUUGGAACCUUCCGGCGUUCAUAUGUGAUUUUUAUGUAGCUAUGGAUGUGAUAUGUUCAACAUCAUCGAUUUUCAAUCUAGUGGCGAUAUCAAUAGAUCGGUAUAUUGCUGUAACGAGACCCAUAGAAUAUGCGAAACAUAGAAACAGUGCACGUGUUUGCCUUACCAUCCUAUUAGCCUGGGCAAUUUCAGCAGCUAUCGGUCUACCUAUAGUUAUGGGCCUCAACAACACACCUAAUCGCGACCCGGGACUUUGUGUAUUCUAUAACAAUUUGUUCAUUCUUUGCUCUUCGCUAACCAGUUUCUACAUUCCCUGUAUUAUUAUGGUUUUCCUAUACUGGAAUAUUUUUAGGGCACUAAGUAUGCGAGCGAAGAAGCAACGCGCAGCACGGAGGCCGCACCUAUCGGAGCUGACGGGUGGCAGCGUCAUUGAGAAUGUGGCACAAACGCGCAGGCUUGCCGAAACGGCGCUAGGCAGCGACAGGCACGCGAUCCGCAUAAUUCCUGAUGAGCCGGCGACGAACACAGCGUCGGGGUCAAACGAGGAGGAGGAAGAUCCCGGCGGUAGUGCCAUUUCGCCGGACAUCGACGAUUGCCAUGUCAUCGUCAAUGACAAAUCCACAGAAUUUAUGCUAGCCACCGUGGUGGAGGAGACUGGCAUUGUUGUAGCGCAGAUCAGCAGCCCGCCACAGCUUGUGGUGGCCGAUCCAAAUGGUAAUCAUGAUUCUGGUUAUGCACCCUCAAACGUUGAUGAUGUCCUUGCAGGCGCAGCCGCCGAUUCGUCACCGCCGGAUAGCCCGGAGCCUAGUGGGACAUACAAACGGUCCAGUGUUAGCAGCAGUAGACGCAACACCGCUACUGGUGAUUCGCCCGUCAAACGUGAGCCGUCUCUCAGUGUUGCGAUGAAGCCACUGUCCUUCGUCCGCUGCGGGGUUCAAGAAGCAAUGACACUGGCUCGCAACGACUCUACACUGUCAGCAGCGUCAAAGAGCUCAUCGCGUAAGGACAAGAAAAAUUCGCAGGCCUCGAGGUUCACAAUAUACAAAGUCCACAAAGCUUCGAAGAAAAAGCGCGAAAAGUCGUCGGCGAAGAAAGAACAGAAAGCCACCAAAACUCUCGCCAUCGUUCUGGGUGUUUUCCUGGUUUGUUGGGUGCCUUUCUUCACGUGUAAUGUCGCAGAUGCCAUCUGUGCCAUGCUCGACAUAGACUGGCGGCCAGGCGUUACCGUCUUUAUACUCACCACCUGGCUGGGCUACAUCAACAGCUUUGUCAAUCCCAUCAUCUAUACGAUCUUCAACCCAGAGUUCCGCAAAGCAUUCAAAAAGAUCAUGCAUUUGGGGUGAUUAACAUCAUCGCUGAUCGGAACAGUCUGCGCUAAAGUAAACGUAAACGACUGCAAAUACUUUUUGGUGAUGGUAAGGGUGGAAGCGAGCAAAUUAUUUCUUCAUUAUAAUAGCAAUAACAAAAACUACAAUACUAACACAUGCAUUGCCCGUCGCUACGACGUGAGUUGUAAGCAUUACUUCGCGAUUUUAUAGACGACAACAACCCGCACAUGCAACUAAAUCAACAACAACAACUUGAAAAUAUAGACUCAUAUAAUAAUUACAAUAACUUCAGAGUAGUUCUGGUUCAUUAAGUGAGCUAAAUGAAAUUGGAGACUUUUGGUCGGUCUUAAUUGCUGCCUACAUUUUGUAAAUUUAAAUAUAUAAAUAUUGGGAUGAAAAAUAUUUAUAUGUAUAGCAGAGAACUUAGUAAGUGUAGUACCUCUAGCUGUAAGGAGAAGUAGUAUUGAGUAACUGUGAUUCACGGUCUACAAUUGCAUGUACAUAAAAUAAUGCCCCGUCUAAGCUUAACGGUUUGUAAAUAAGUAUACAAGUAUACCUGAAUGCUAAUAUAUUGGCAUUAUAUACAUGUAUUCCAUUUUGACCUGUGUACAAUAUGGCGGAUGAAUACGUAAGCAUAAGAGAGAGAAAGCAAAAGGUGCGCUUUCGAUAACUGUACUACAGUUUAUCCUCAAAGAAAACUAAAAACCUCUCAAACGCUUUAAACAAGUCUCACCGCAAACUCUCUCUUCUAUCUCCUAAAUUUGUGAUGAAAGUUUUGUUAAACUACAUACAUUCCCAUCGUAAGUAAUACUCAAUUAGGCUCUCUUCAGAGAACCGCGUUAUUUAUGUAGUUUGUUAAAGCAACAACAAAGUUAUCGAGUUGAAUUGAUACAAGAAAAUAUCCGGAUACCUCAAUAAAGUUAUAUAAACGCUAUCUUCAAUGCUAACAAGUUUUGUUUUUCAUACUUUAGACCAGUUUUGUAACUGGCUCAUAUGAGAAAUUUCACUCAAAAAAUAAUACAUAAAUACUUUUUUUUUUGAUGUUUAAAACUUAAGACUUGAUUUUAUUUAUAGAAAAUUUAAUGCUCGAAUACUUUUUCCAUCAAAGAAGGAGACACAAUUGCGCAUUUGACAGUUUCGGGUUCAUAUUAAUUAAUUAAUUUUGUUAAUUUUUAAGAUUUCUUAAAACCCUUUUACUCAGAAUUAUCCACCAUAUUGUACACACAUAUAUACGCAUUAACAGGCAUAUGACCGAAAUUUGUAAUGUGCUUGCUCGAUAUAGCGCUAUAAUAUUAAGAAGAAAACUUAUUUUCCAAAAGAGUAAGACACCAAGAGGGCAUAAGCACAUAACUACUUAAUUAGGGAAUCAAAUUUCUCACGCUAGUAAAAGUAAAAAACAAUAUUUUAAUAGCAUCGAGUCAGAUUUUUACCAUCAUUUCCCAAUUUUUAUUCAAGUCGAACAUAUCAUCAAAUCAACUUACAAUGAAUUUCGUAUAAUCUCGAACACAAACCAACGAUAGUUUCACAUAUCUUGAGAACGAGCGAUUCCUUGAACAAUAAAAAUAAUUAUCAAAACGAAAUAUUGUAAAAUCGGUUCACUAAAUGGCUCGUAUACUUUAUACAUAACUAAAUAUGCUUUAAUUCUUACUUGGAGCAUGAAAGCGUUGGUUUUCAUAACAGCACUCUAAUAAAUAUAUUAAAAUAAAACCGAGCGUAAACUGAUUUCCCAAACACAUACAAGUACCGCAAAAAGAAGCCCCAACAAAGUGUCCCGUAUCUCAAAUUAGAGAAAAUAUUGCCUCAUAUCUAUGAAGGACAUUGCCAGAUUUCCAAAAAAUCACGAAAAAUCUGCUGCUCUUUCGAAGAAUCAAAAUGGCAAAGUAAAAUGAGCCCCACAACGAGACUUUUGCGGCGAUUUCUUUAAGCGGUUCCGGAAAGAAACUAGCGUAACUAAAUAAGAAAACUAGUAAAACUCGAAAUGAAAGCAAUUAGAAAACUUAAUUACUGAAUAAAGCCUAUUAAGUGCAAAAUUCAGUAUAUCAUACCAGAUAGAAUUAAAUUAGUUUAGUUAAUUAUGGAACAAUUAAUCAAAAUGAAUGAUCAAAACUCAUAAGAAAUCAUCAGGGUACUCAAAUAAAUCAAAUAAAUAAUCAUAAUUAUCAAAUUAACAGUUAUAGCAAAUGUAGUUAUACAUAUAGUUAAGAAGGGAUUAAUAAAGAAACAAUGUAGAGCCUAAAGCAUGUAUAUACAGUUAGUUGAUAAGUAUGUAUGUAUGUAGCUAAUUCCAAUGCCGUUGCAAAGGCAAACAUAGAAUUUGUUCAGUUUUAAUGACCGUCCUCUUAAUUGUUUCUAUGCGACAAAUAAUUAAUUAUACACAAAACAACAAAUACAUAUAUAUAUAUAUAUAUAUAUAUAUAUAUAUAUAUAUACUCUUAAUAUUAAAUGCUAAAUGAAGAUGUUUAACUUUAAGAAAGCAAGAAAUCUCGCUUGAGAAAAUGCAAAAAAUAAAACAAUAACUGCAAAGAGUGUAGAGAACGAGAGCAGCGGUAAAAUGCUCAACAUUUUUGUACUUUCCUAUAAUUUUGUUACGCGAUUGAAUAAAUCAAUUUACGGUAUUUGUGUUUAGAUUUAAACUAUAUACUUAUACAAUACUUAGGCAUACACAGUUGUUACAAAGUGACAAAAUAGUUAAUCGAUCAACUCUAGAUAGACUUAAGGCCCACACCCAGUUACGUACCUUGCGAAGACAUGGCGACAAAUUCGACACUGUGUAUGUGUAUGUAAAUACGGCUGAGCAAACGGUACAAGUGCAUAUGUACUUUUUCAUAUACAUACAUACAUAUAUAUAAGUGAGUAAAUAGAUACAUAUGUACAUACAUACAUAAACAUAGAUAAAUGAACUGUGCAUUGCGAUGAGUAGCAUAAAUUCUUCCAAAAGAGACGCUUAUUAAAUUUAAAUAUGUUAAUUGAUUGUAAUUAAUUACUAAAUUAUGUAUGUUCAACACAAAUAUAAUUCAUAUAACGUGUGUAUGUAGUAGAGUUGUGUUGGUGAGCAACUUUUUCAAAUAAUUAAGUGAGGUUUUACUAGAAUUACCCACACAAAUACAUACAAAUAUAUGUACAUAUGUCAAAUGGAAAAUUGUUGUCGCCUCACACACACAUAAUAACAAGAUUUCAUAACACACUCGCAGCCAUGCGCGUUUUUUCUUAUUCACUUAAUAAAUAUAACGGUAUGGCACGUCAUUUUUAUCUGGCUUACAUACACACACAUACAGAUACACAUAUUUAUAGUCAUUAUAUCAGAGACGUUAAAAAAUGAAGUAUGCAUUAAGCGAAAUGAGCGCAGGGUAUUAGUAAUAUUAUUGUUUUUAAAUAAAUUUGAAUUUGUUAAAAACCAAAACCAAAAACCAAAACAACAUGUUACAAUACUAUGUUAAGGAUUUUAAAAUACAUAUUGAGUAACGGUGGUAAUAAA